GAAUCGCCGGCAACCGCCCGCGGCAGGAGUAGUGGGGCCAGAUUUGGUUGGCGAAAAUCGGAGGUGCGCCAUGAGAACCUGAUUCGAUCGGAAUCCGGAUCAGAUCCACCCAAGCUAAUGCUCUCCUCCUCCUUCUCCUCCUGCGCUUCUUCCUCGAUAUCUUCUUCGUGGACAACUAUCUGGCCCCGCAAUUGUUCUACCAACCCCACCGCGAUCCAUAAUUGCGGCACAGCGAUUCCAAUCUCCAUGCUUCAAUCUUCUUCCUCGAUGACACCCCCACGGGGUGCUAAUGAUUUCGAUCCUCCUCGUUCUAGCCGUCUUCAAUCCGUGACGCGGCUUCUUCUUAUCCUCGCACAAAUUGGAAUCGAAGGAAAGAAGUCCGUAGACAAACACGCGGACAAUAUCGACUGGCGUAUGAGAGUAAUGGCCAGAACCAGAACCGCGGGCGUUGAGAUAACUUUUCUUCGCACUUUCGUCCUUAGACAUAGCUUAUGCCCCGAUUCAAUCCAUCCACCCUCGUCGAGUAGUCCUCCAGCGAAUCAUUGCCUCCAACUCGGCGACAUCUUCCAGUCGGAUACCGGCAGUAGGCCAUGUCUUGAAAUCUCCCUGCUCAAACCCAGCUAUCUUACCACUAUCCCAUCUUUCCCUGCUCCCACGUGAUCCCUCAUCUGUGGCUUCGCGCUUGCAUCAACGCUCACCGAGAGACC